AGCGACGAGCUAGCAGAAUUCUAAUUCUAUCUGUGUGAUAUCGCGGAAGGCGUAUUAGUAAAUUUUCCUUAAUGACAAAGAAACGAGACUCUUUCACGUAACAUCGCCAGAGUUGAUAUUUGUUCUUUCCUCCAGCCAUACCUGAAAGUACAAUAAUAGACUUGGCUGGAACCUGCAGCCUGAUUAAAUAAAUAGUAUUGUCUGUCUCUUCAACCGCUCCACUAGCAGUAACCCAACUACCCUUCCGUCUGGCGCAAAUAGAUCAAAUCAGGCUCAACCAAAUUUUUUUCUUUUAUUAACAGCCUCAAACACAUAACCUUCCUGAGGCUGUAUGUUGCGUGCCUGAGAGCUUGGUCCAUCGCGUUCUAAUUUGAUUGUAAUUCUUCUUUCUUUGAAGUAUAUAAGAACAUGGAGGGGCAACAAUUUUGUUUACGAUGGCACAAUUUUCAAAACACACUGUUGAGCUCUCUUCCUAAACUGCUUGACGGUGGUUAUUUAACAGAUGUCACGUUAAGUGCUGGUGGUAGACACAUACACGCACAUAAGAUUAUUCUUUCUGCUUGUAGUUACUAUUUUAAAGAAUUGUUCAAGGACUUAAGUUCUUUGCAACAUCCGGUAAUAGUAUUACCAGGGAUGGAAUAUGCAAACUUAUGUGCACUUGUCACAUUUAUGUAUAACGGCGAAGUAAAUAUUUAUCAAGAACAACUACCUGCACUUUUGGCUAUGGCAGAUACCUUGCAUAUUCGAGGAUUAGCUGAUAUAGCUGGGAAAAAUUCGAGACACGAUAAUGGUUUAUACGUUCAACCUCCACCAGUGCAACUGCAGGAAAAGAUAUUAACUGAACCUCCGAUAAAAAAAGAAACUAAGGAUAAUAUCAUAGGUAGUAGAGAAUCUUUAGAAACAGUUCUAGAUACAGAUGCAACUGAGACCAUGGAAGAACAAUCCUUUAAUGAUCAAGAAAGUAUACCAUACUGCGUGAAGACUAAGCCUUACUAUUCCAUUAAUGCGAAGUUAAAUCAAAGGGAAAAAAUCAGUAUUCCUUCUAUUAAUGCUUCUACAAACAAAUACGUCGAGAAAGCGGAAUAUUCGGAAAGUGGAAUAGAUGAGGGUACAUCUAUAUUAGAAGAUCAAAUUACUCCGGUAGAAGAUACAAAACCUCCACCUAUUUGGGAUGCAAAUUUUAAGUUUCUGACAAGUUCUGUGAGCGGUAGAACUUCUCAGAAUUACAAUAAAUCUAGUGUCACUUGUCUUAUCUGUGGAAAACAAUUAAGUAAUCAAUAUAAUUUGCGAGUACACAUGGAGACACACAGUAAUAGUUCAUAUAGCUGCACAGCUUGUUCACAUGUAUCAAGAUCACGAGAUGCACUUAGAAAACACGUUUCUUAUAGACAUCCAGUUGCUUCAUCACAAAAACGAUCACGAUAUAAUACACCAAAAUCAUAGAAAUUGAUUUUCUUAUAGAUACCUUGAUUUAUAUCAUACCUUUCAUUUUAAGGUAUAUUUUAUUUAAAACAUAAAUCUUGUGUUAUUUAAUUUGACUUGAAUACUGAAUACUUUAUUGAUUAAAAAACUUAAA